AUGGAAAGAAUAGCACUUGGUGAUCUAUCCGACCAAAGUCGUAAUUUUACGACUACAAUUGUCGUCCUCCGAAAGCAACCUCCAAAGACUUCUCGUUCAGGAACUGUAAAGAUGCAAAAUCUUAUAUUUGAAUACGAGGGUGUACAAAUGAGAGCAACAAUAUUUGAACAAGAUAUUGAUCUCUUCAGAGACACACUUCAUGAAGGAAAAGAAUAUGAUAUAACAAAUCCACUUGUCAGUCGAAUGCCUGACUAUCUCAUCAAGAAUGAGCAACAAUAUCAGAUGACCAUCAAAUCAACAACAAAAGUAACCGAAACUCAAUCAUCCAUACAUGAUCAAAUAAGUGAAACGUCCUACUGGGUAUCACUUGAUGCGGUAAACGAUUAUAUUGGAAAAAGCGAUAGAAUUGAUAUUGUUGGUGUUGCUAUCCAUGUACAUGAAAUAAGAACAGUGACUUCUCAAACAACUGGAAGAACGUAUGAUAUACGUGAUAUCCAGUUAACAGAUACAUCGGUUGUCGAAAACACUGAAAAGAUAUACGAACUAAAAACAUCGAUGGCUAAACUGAGCAAUGAAAACACAGAGCAAAAUGGACACUCAGAUGUUUUAAUCAGUUUACUGCCAGAACAACAGGUUAUAUUAUGUAUCCUACAUGUUGAUGUUGAAGAUUCCAGCGGUAGGACACCUAUGACACUCUUUGGUCAUCAUGCAGAGUUUGUUUUAGACAAAAAAGCAAAUGAGAUAUCUAUACUGUCGAUGCAGGAACGCCGAAUAUUUAUUGAAGAAACUGUUGAGAAGUUAAAGGACAAAUAUUUCAACAUAGAAUUGACUACAUACAUGCUUGGAGAUAACAGACAACUACGUUGGAAAACCAAGGAAAUUACAUAUGCUACCGUUUGA